AUGCCGAGGCCUGCGGUUGAUCUAUCGGAUCCUCGCAACAGGGCGCUCCAUAGCAACCCAGUCGAGAACUUCCAUGGUGAAGAAGACAAGGUUGACAGCCUCAAUGAUCAUGACAGCUUCCACGAUCGCCUCUUUGACAUCCCCAAGCAUGCAGACGCCCUUGGCGGCGUUUCCCCCAAAGAUGACCCCAUUCCAAGCGAUAAUUCGAGCGUCCUCGGUCAGCUGGACCAGCCCGAAACCGAACAGUCUUUGAACUUCCUCAUUGACGAGCUUGAUGCGGAAGAUGGCAAGGAGCCUGACCAUGAUGCGGCGUCAAUCCAUGCUGGCCAUGCUCACGAAGUCUCUUAUUCCUGGCUCGGUACCAGCCUCGAGGAUGGUCUUAACAACGAGGAGGUGACUGUUCGACGCAAGAAGUACGGGUGGAAUGUCAUGAAGGAAGCCAAGAGAAACCACUUACUCAAGUUUCUUUCAUUUUUUAUGGGCCCAGUUCAAUGGGUCAUGGAGGCUGCUGUCAUACUUGCCGGUGGCUUGCAAGACUGGAUCGACUUCGGUAUCAUUUGUGGCCUGCUUGUUCUCAACGCCACUGUCGGUUUCAUUCAAGAGUACCAUGCAGGCAACAUCGUUGAUACUCUCAAGAGGUCUCUUGCACUCCGAGCCCAAGUCAUUCGCAAUGGUCAUCUGGUAGAGAUAAAUUCCGCGGAAGUUGUGGUCGGCGAUGUGCUUCAUGUAAAAGAUGGCACGAUUAUUCCCGCCGACGGAAAACUUGAAUCUCAAAACGCUUAUAUCCAGGUUGACCAGUCCAGCAUCACGGGAGAGUCUCUUGCAGUCGAUAAGCACAAAGGAGAUGUUUGCUAUGCUUCAUCUGCCGUCAAGCGUGGGACUGGUUUGAUGAUUGUGACUGCCACCGGCGAUCAUACAUACGUCGGAACUGCGGCUGCCCUGGUCAACAAGGCUUCCAAUAACGUUGGACACUUCACUCAGGUGCUAAACGGGAUGGCGCAUAUUCUGCUGAUCUUCGUUAUUCUCGCACUCCUUGUGAUCUGGAUUGCCAGCUAUUAUCGUUCGAAUGGCAUUGUACAGAUACUAGAGUUUACCCUCGCAAUCACCGUCAUCGGAGUGCCAGUUGGUCUUCCUGUGGUAGUUACCACUACAAUGGCUGUGGGUGCAGCUUACUUGGCCAAUCGCAGAGCAAUUGUGCAGAAGUUGUCAGCCAUUGAGUCGCUAGCUGGUGUUGAAAUUCUUUGUUCCGACAAAACAGGAACAUUGACUCGGAACAAAUUGACCCUUGGGGAGCCAUAUACAGUUACAGGGAUGACAACAGAGGAUCUGAUGUUGACUGCGUGUCUGGCAGCAACUCGAAAGUCUGGCGGAAUUGAUGCCAUCGACAAGGUGUUUCUCAGGGGUCUGCGCAGCUACCCAUUGGCCAUGUAUCAGGUUCCUACGUACAGAACCAUCGAGUUUAUUCCAUUCGAUCCAGUUUCUAAGAAGGUUACCGCACUAGUGGAGAACCAUGACGGGGAGCGAAUGAUCUGUGUCAAAGGAGCUCCGAUGACAAUCUUGCGAACGGUACAGGCAGAAACCACCCUUUGUCAGCCUUUCGUCGACGAGUAUAAGGCAAAGGUUACAGAGUUUGCUGAUAGAGGAUUCCGUGCUCUGGGUGUUGCUCGCAAGCGCACCGACAAGCAAUGGGAGAUUCUAGGGAUUGUGCCCUGCUCUGACCCGCCUCGUCAUGACACUGCUAAAACGAUCGCUGAAGCCCAAAAUCUGGGUCUCUCCAUCAAGAUGCUCACCGGAGAUGCAGUCGGCAUUGCUCGUGAAACAGCUCGCAAACUUGGUCUGGGAACCAACAUUUACAAUGCUGAGCGCUUGGGCGUCACUGGCGCUGGCGAGAUGCCUGGUUCUGAGGUCAAUGACUUUGUUGAAGCUGCAGACGGAUUUGCAGAAGUGUUCCCUCAACACAAGUACAGUGUGGUGGAGAUUCUUCAGCGUCGUGGAUACCUUGUGGCGAUGACUGGUGACGGUGUGAAUGACGCUGCCUCGCUCAAGAAGGCAGACACGGGCAUUGCCGUUGAAGGUGCCUCUGAUGCGGCUCGCUCUGCCGCUGACAUUGUGUUCCUGGCGCCUGGUCUGUCCGCAAUCAUUGAUGCCAUCAAAAUUUCUCGUCAGAUCUUUCACCGUAUGUACGCAUAUGUUGUUUAUCGUAUCGCCCUGUCAAUUCAUCUGGAGUUGUUCCUCGGUCUCUGGAUGGUGAUCAUGAAUGAAACUCUCGAUCUGCGAUUGAUAGUCCUUCUCGCCAUCUUUGCAGACAUUGCGACGCUGGCCAUUGCCUAUGACAAUGCCUCAUAUUCCCAGCUCCCAGUCAAAUGGAAUCAACCAAGGCUAUGGGGUGAAUCAAUUGUUCUCGGAGUUAUACUUGCUGCCGGAACCUGGGUAACUCUCGGUACCAUGUUGCUGCAAGGCGAGGAAGGUGGUGUGAUUCAAGGCUGGGGCUCACGGGAUGAGGUCAUUUUCCUGGAAAUAACCCUAACCCAAAGCUGGCUGAUUCUAGUCACUCGCAUCACAGGGUCAAUGUUUAGCAAUCUUCCCUCAAUUCUUCUCAUUAUUGCUGUUCUGGUUGUCGAUGUGACCGGGUCUCUGAUGGCUCACUUCGGCGCUUUCGGUACACCAACAUCGGCACUGACUAUCCUACGAGUCUGGAUCCUAUCCUUCGGGGUGGCUUCUGUCAACGCCAUGGUCUAUGUCCUACUACACAAUUCUGAAAAGUUUGACAACCUCAUGCAUGGUCGCAGUCUCCGCAACAAGGGGAAGGAUCGUUCCUGGGAGGACUUUGGUCUCGCCAUGCAGCGUAUGGCAAACAAGCAUGAAGGAUCCACAUGA